AUUCUCAACAAGGAAGUAAUGUAAAGACAUGCGUGCUUCCACGUUUUUGUGUGGCUACUUGCAGAUAAUAUAAAGGCUGUUAACGUAGCUCCUUUGAAAGCUUGAUAGGAGAAGUCAAGGCUACGUGCGGCUUAAAUUCUACUUGUUUUGUGUUUACAACUGGUUUAAAACACAACAAUGGUGCUGGAUCUAGAACUCUUCCGUGCUGACAAAGGUGGAAACCCAGCAAAGAUUAAGGAGAAUCAAGCUAAACGAUUCAAGGAUGUAACAUUGGUCGAUAAAGUAGUUGAACAUGAUACAAACUGGAGAAAAUGUAAGUAAAAACGUAAUUUUGUAUGCCAUAGUAGUCGUGGGCCUAGAUCAGGGGUCACCAAACUACGGCCCGCGGGCCUGAUCCGGCACGCGAGCGGUACUUGAAUUGCUUGAUGGCUUGAUAAAACAUAUGGCAUAUAUCAUAUAUAUAUGCCAUGGAACACGAGAUUAGUUAAAGUUGGGAUACAAUUUAAAUUUCAAUAUUAUUAAUUAUGCUUACAAUACUAGGAGAUCUGGCUGGUUUUCAGUUAGCGGUAAGGCAGAUGAUGUUUCACUGUAUAUAGGUUUCGGAGGUUCCCUGCGGUCCAUUUCCGUCUACAGCAUCGUCUACUAUACUAAAAAGAUUUUGAUGUUUGUAUUGAAAGAAUUUCUAUGUUUCUUACUUUGAUAUAAUUUUGGUAUUUAAAGUGAGGGAAAGUGAGGGGAGGGGUUUCCUAGAAGAUCAUUACAAAUGCAAUUUAAGCAGUAGUCUUCCUUUUGUUACCUAAAUACAGGUAUUUUGAUUUCAACUAAUAAAAAAAUACAGCAAUUUUGGCGGGCGUCAUUUUUUUCACCGGUGUUGGCGUUGGGUCUUGGGGUAUCAGCAAGGAUGUGUUUCUUUUUUCCUUUCUUUUGAAACGUGUAAGUUGAAUUUUAAUACAAAUUAAUGGAAAAUUUCAUAUUAAUAUACUUCAUAUUAACUAUAUUGUUUAGGACGUGAGUAAUGCUCCAUAAAGAACAUGAAUGUUAUAACGCACAUCGUUCGGGUCCUUCAAAGAAUAGGUCUAUUCACCCUAAGUCCAGUGUUGGGAUUCCCCAAUGUGACGUCACUGCGCUUAGGGUGAGAAAACUCUUUGCAAAACCUCACCCUCAUGUCCCUUAGUCCUUGCACAGUUGGGGGCGCAACAGAUGACAUGUGAACCAUCCUCCUCCAUUCCUCUCUGUCUUCAGCACUAUGCACUGCGUCGCCCAGUUUUAGUCCUGUCCACUCUUUGAUGUUAUCCUCCCAUAAAGUUAACUCAAAAUUUACCAGGAGGUCUUCAUACGUGCGGUGACCUGGCUGCUAUGCGCCUUAAGAACUUAACUUACCCUUUUCAAUUUUAAAUUAUUGUAUCUAGAUUUUCUUGUUUAUUACAGACCUAUUUAUUUACCAUUUAACUCCUAAAAUCACACAAUUUGGUCUCAAAAUCAUAAAAUACGGUAGUCAAUAAAUAAACAUACAGUAUGUAAAAAUGAAUACACUAACUACUCGCAUCGCAGUGCUUAGUGGGGUCGAGUGAAGCCGGCGUAAAAAAAAAAGUUAACUACUUAAGUUUUAAGUAGAUGACCGACGUUUAUAAUACAAUCUGUGGUCACUUUGUUUUGCAGAUGUUUACUUGCUAUAGAUAUUAAUUUAUAUUGAGCGGACGUACAGAUCACAUUAUCAAAGUCUAUCACUGGUAAAAAUAAAGUUACUGGUGAAAUUUAAAGUGGUUCAAACUCGAAGUUAGAUCAGCAUAAAACAAGAUGUCUUUAAAUUAGAAUUAACAAAUGAUGACAUCAUUUUAAAAAAACCUACCAAGUAACUCGAAGUUGUUUUUAGGAAAAGCUGGUGUAAAAAAAUUAUAAAAUAAGAAUAAUUUCCAUUAAAUUCCCGCUAAUAUAUUAUAGUCAUGAUAACUACCACAAACUGUAAAUGGGUGAAAGAAAGUGGAGAAUUGGAAACAUACGGGGACAUUAAAAAUCAUAGUAGCCGUGGUUGGAACUAAGUUCAGUUGUGUGGAGAAAAGAAGAACUUGUAGAGAACAUAGUGCUACAGAUUCGUGAGAAAGAUAGGAACUUGCUGUGGUAUUCUUUGGCACUGGAUGAGUCUACUGAUCUCUCACAACUUCUUCUUGUUCUAUAUAUUAAGGGCCCACAAUCAAUUUAUUGAUCAUUCUGGCUCUUAUGCAUGUAGAGGGGAUUUGCAAUGUUUCUGUGCCUGGUGUUGAGGACAUUUCAAUGAUUUCCAGUGCCACUAUGUGAGGGAAUCAUGCACUGGAGGUUUGAAGGCUUGAGGCAAUAGACACAAAUGAGUCUAGUGUUGUCGCCUCAACUGUUCCUUUUGAAAGCUUGUUCCAGUCCCUGAUUGUCUUGGGCAGGAAUGAGCAGCUCCUAUACUGGCUUCUUUCUGGUAUGAGCCUAAAUUGUGUUUAUUGUGGUGACAGUUAGGACUUUUAGAUAACUGAAGUGUUGACAUCCGUUUGCUACAUGCAUGUAACAAUUUAUAUAUGUGAGCAAACAUUUUCAAAAAUAAACUAUGUGAAGUCAACACAUCGAACGAGAGGGAUUUGAUGAUCAAACCAAACAAUGAUAUUAUCUUGAAAGCCAAAAGUCGGUUUCAUAAAUCUCACUAACCCUUUUUGCUGCUUAGAUUGUGAGAUUCGAAUACGUCUGGUGUAACUAUCAUUUUGCUAAUGUCGGCUUCUUUGCAAACAUUUUAAAGUAAAUAAAUAUUUUGGUCGUCUUUACUUUUUUGCAUUGCACGCCACUCACCCAUGAAUAACAUGGAAUACUUAACUUAGUUUUUCUGCUCUUUUCCCAGAGCUUUUGUUCUGGCUUGCAAGUAUUGUACAGAAUGAUUAUCCGGCCAGCGCUCAUCAUUUUUUCCAUUUCCGGCCCGCUGUGAAAAAAGUUUGGUGACCCUGGCCUAGAUAUUUAAAUGAUUCAACAUGUAAUAACAUGCGUUCAUUUUCAUCAAAUGAAGCCUUUCAAAAAAUAUUUUUUACUAUAGCUAAACUAAAUGUAAAUUAAAAUACUUAAUAGUAAUAAUACUACUAGACUAAAUAAAGUCCUAUGUAAAAGUUAGUUUAGUUAACCAUACCGUUAAUAAUUUCAAUUUAUCAUAUUUUCAGACAAGUGAAAAUCUUAACUGGAUUAAGUGAUUUGAUGGGCAACAGUUAACGGGUCAUCCAUAAAUGACACCACACAUGUAGGUUGGAGGAGGGGGUCACCAAUUCAUAAUGAUGUAUUAAUAGGGUGUCUAAAUUGUGUAAGGAUGGAAGUAGUUGUGGGGGGGGGUAUAUCUUCCAAUAUAGCGUGAUAUCAUGUAAUUAAAGUACCAAAUUUUAAUAUGUGUCCAUCAUUUUCUUUACCAGAUAAAAGGCGAAUGUUAAUCUGUUUUAAGAAAGGUCACUAAGCUUUUUCCUGAAAAAUUAUGAAAGCAUAUUUCUGUGAAAUUAACGCCUGCAUCAGUUUGAGACAGACCACUUAACAAGUAUUGCUGUACCUACUAUGAUAACCAAUAAAACCUAUAAACGGUGUCCAAAUCAGAUUUCCGAAUUCGAUAAUGGCUUUAAGAAAAAAAUGAAUAUUGGUAUUUACCAAGUCAUAUUUAUAUAUCUCAUAGUCCUAACCAUCAGGUGUAGGAGCUGGUUACAAAUUACUACUGACAAUGACUUAUUCAGGUUGUGAGCAUUAUGGCCUUAACUAUAAAUGGUUCCUGGAAAUUUGUUAAAACUGAAGUUUGUUGGCAUGGAAGUUUUUAAGAAAAAGAAAUAAUGGGGAAAAAACCAUCAAAUAUACAUUUUAUUAAAAUGUUUACUUUUGCCCCCAUUUCUCACUGUUUCUUCCAUUUAAAAAAAAAUAGUUUAAAAAAUAAAAUAAAUAAAACACUUAAGAGCAAAUUUCAUUUCAACAAAUUUUUACAUAGGCUGUGUUUCCAACAAUUUCCAUUAUCUAGCUAUCUGGGACAGGUUAAACUAAUAAAUGAGAGCUAGUGUAGAUUUUGUAAAGCCCAUGAUUAAAAUGUAAACUUUUUAACUCUGGAAGAAUAUAUAUAGGUUUGAUAAAUUUAAAUACACUUUUAUUUUAGUAAAAGAGUAAUUAUUAUUAUUAUAAAUAACAAAUACAUUUAAAGUAACAACUAAGGAACUAUAUUAAGCAUUUUAUCUGAAUUUAAAAAAUAUGAAACAAAAAUUUAAUAAAAAAUUUAUGAUCUAAGAAUUACAUCGAAAUCAACUUUAUUGAGAAAACCCAUACAUGAGUUGUUUUGAGUGCAUUUUUAGUGCGUUUUUGAUAUAAAUAAAAUUAAAAUUAAUUUGUUCUAAAUAAACACACAAAUGACAUCAUAGCGAAUGGCCUAUGUUAGCCAAAACUCUUAAGUUUCUUUGAUUUAAUAACUGCCUGUUACAAAACUGAUAAUGUAUUGUCCUCUUUUUAAAAGUAAAAUUAAUAAAUAUAAUAGAUUGAUUUUUUAAUGGUUAAUAAAACACACACAAAUAUUAGUUUUGUAUUUUUAACAUUUAAAAAGAUUUUUAAUUUUUUAAAUUCCAAAAAUAUACUUCUAAGAAAAUGCAGUUUAAGUCAAACAGUGCAGCGAAACUCCAUAGCCAAAUAGCAUUCACCAUUGCACUUGUAACUCAUCCAAAUCCAAGUCUGUUAUUGACGUGAAAAAUGUUUGAGAGAUUCUUCUUUAGAUAAAGAAUUUUUUGUUUUACGAUUUUCUGAUAAAGUAUAAUUAAAAAGGCAAAAGUUUGUUUAAAUUUUUGAUGAAGAUAUCAAUAUAUCAAAUUCCUUUAAUAUAAAAUAUAUUUAUAUUAUGAAUAGAGUUUUUGUUUUAAAUUUAAGAUUAUGUUUUCACAAUUUUUAGAGAAAAAAAAGUUGUAGUUCAAGGACAUGAAAAGGGAUAAAUCUAAAGUAUUUCUCUAGUAUACAAAUCGUCCCUCAAAUAACUUCUUUAGUAAAAAAAAAAAUUGAUAUAAUUGGUGAUAAUUUAGAUUGGGUAAUUUAAGGUCAUGUUUAGAGGGAAUAAAAAGUAGUCUAAGGGCAUGAAAUGGAGUAGGGUAGGCGUAUAAUAUAUAGCAGAUAAAUACUUCUCAAAAUUUAAUGUUAGAAACGUAAAAAUCAUUACAUAGAUACUUCUUUUUAAAGUUAGGAAUUGUGAUGAGUUUUGCAAUAACAGGUAGAAAUUAUCACCAAGGACCUACCAUUUUUAUCCCAAUGACAUCGGGUCAUAUAUUCUAGUACAUAAGAAUUAUGUAUGCACUUAUUUAUUGAAAUGGUAACAAAAAAAAAAAAAUUUUUUUAACGUGCUCUUGUUGACUCAGUGUUUUGAAUUACCCCUAAAAAGUUCAUAGAGAAAACCUAGACAUUCUAAUGUAUUCUUUUGAUUUGUCAGUAAUGAAAAUUCCUAUAAUUGUUUAAAUGUUGACCAUCAAUUGAAAUAUUUUAAAAGGUAUGAUUAUUAAUAUUAAAACAAGUAAUUUAAACACUUCAUGAGUUUCAACCUUUUAGUUGAAAAUAUAUUACACAAGUGGGAUAUAACUGAUUAUUUAAAAGACCAUAUUAAUCUGCAGUAAACGACAGUUGAAAUCGGCACCAUAAGAAUUACUUCUAUUUGAAGUGGGCCUAAUGGUAUCAAUAGCAAGUAUUUUGAUUAAAUUUUUUCCUCCUUAUUAUUCGCCUGUUCAUAGAAUUUCUUUUGUAUUUAUCUUAGUGCGUUUCAGGGCUGAUCUGCUAAACAAGUUAAAAAAUGUUUGCAGCAAAGAAAUAGGUGAUAAAAUGAAGGUAAUUUCAUCUUUGUAACUUGUUGGGGGCUUUUUGGGGUGAUCUCUGAUUUAAUAAGUUGUUCUUAAUUUUUUAAAAACAUCAGACCUAGAUUAAAAAAGAAAGAUAUUAUGUUAAAUAUGACUAUAUUUAUUUGUAUGAUUUUUUUUAUGAUUAGAAUAAAGAACCCGUUGGGGAUGAUGAUUCUGUUCCAACAGGCAUCAUUGAGAAACUUGAUGAAGUACUUCCAGAACAGCUACAGGUUUGUUUUGAUCUUUUAAAUUCAACUCUAAGAACAAUCAAAUCAUCUACCAAAAUAGUUUUACAGGAAUAAAUGUAAUACUAAUUUUGGUCCUUUCAGGUAUGAUAAUUGUGAAACUGACAUACUUGCUGAAGGAUAGUGCAUCUUAACUUUUUUAAAAAUUCGAUCUUUAUUAUAAAAUAAAUCUUUUUUCUCCAGCCGCUGACAGUUACUCAAAUCAAGAAAGUGCGUCUUGCCAUUGAUAAUCAGAUUAAAGAAAACGAUGCUCAACUUAUUGUUGAAGAAAAGGAAAGAAAUGAGGCCCUGAAAGAAAUAGGAAAUCUGCUGCAUGAUUCUUGUAUUAUUAGCAAUAAUGAGGUAAUUCUUUUCUCUUGUGUUUUAAGACUUAAAUAUCAGAGAUAAUUAAUUCACUUAUUACCAAGAUGAAAGGUAUCAUAAAUUUAGUGGAUACAAAAAGGAAAAGCAGUUUGAUUCAUAAUCAUGGCUUGUAUCUUUAUUUUCCGAAUUAAAACUUUAGAUAGCUUCUCUUUCCGUGGGUAAACAAUUUCAUGUUCCAUUUAUUGUACAGGAUGAAAAUGGCAUUGAGAGGACAUUUGGAGAUGUUGAGACUAAGAAAAAAUAUUCUCAUGUUGACCUCGUUGUAAUGAUUGAUGGUGCCGACAAUGAAAGAGGAUCUGUGACUGCAGGAGGAAGAGGAUAUUAUCUUAAGGUGUUAAGAAUUUCUUCAUAUUUGUAUGCAUGGUUUGCCUUUGAGUAAUAUUAUGGAUUAUUUAAUUUAGAAAGUUACAAGUUAUGUAGCACUUAUUGAUGCUCCAAAAGUAAGUGAUAUGAAAACUAAAUGGAAAUAGACAGUUAAGCUGUGGCCAAUUUAUGGGCUCAUGACCCAUUACUGAAUUAGGCAUAACAUUGGUACUAUUAAUUUUUGUACACAUUGAAGAUAAAAUGUUUUUAUUAACUGCCUUUUAAAAUUUAUAUGCCAGGUCUAAAUGUUUAUUAAUGUUCAAUAGGGGCCCUUGGUCUUCCUGGAGCAAGCUCUGAUCAACUUGGCCUUGUCUAUGUUACAUGCUAAGGGCUACACAGCUCUCUAUACUCCAUUUUUUAUGCGUAAGGAGGUCAUGCAAGAGGUGGCCCAGCUGUCACAGUUUGAUGAAGAGCUGUACAAGGUAUUACAUUAUUUGGAACAGAGACGUUGAGAUUUUACUAAAUAAGCCUCUUUCGCAAAAGAUUAUAGACCGUUCACAAUCAUUUUUACAUUUGCCGCUGUCUAGAACACUUCUUAAUCUGUAUUUUAUUCUGCACCCCCUACAAAUUGUUUAAAUACGUCUUGCACCCACUAAAAAAGUAAACAGACAUUUUAAAUUUGAUUACUAAGAAAUCUGCAGAAGCUAGAGAAUAAACUUGUGACUUAUAUAAAGACAAUUCUUUUAAAGAAACAAUCUAAAUAUAUAUAUAAACAUUUUUAUUAUAACUUAACUUAAAAGUCAAUGCCUUCUCCAUUCUUAUUACUUUUCCUUGUAUACCCAGAAAUGCCAUCGGGGGGGGACGUGUGUUGGGUUGGAUUUAUUGAUAAUUUGAUUUUGUCUACUCCUUGAGGCUCAGUUCCUUGAUUCCUAGUUUCUUCUAUUUAUUUUUAGUCCUUUUCCCAAGUUUUCUAUGUUUAGUCUUAACCUUUCUGUUGUCCCGAAUAUUCCAUGACAAGCUCCCUAGUAAUAGUUUGUUGGUAUCAACAGUGUGCUUAUCCAUCUCGAAUUUAUUUUAACUUUCCUGCUCCACAUGGGUAUCUGUCCCAUAUGAUCCAAUGGGGCACCUUAUCAAUCAAUCCAUUUUGAUUUAAGAUCAUGUGCAAACAUUUGCUGAUAAAGCCCUGCGAUAUUAGUAUAGAGUCACAACCAUGCAGAAGGGACUUGGCAUUUGAGUGUAACAGUAACAUUUUGUUUUUAUUCCUUAUUUCCUUAGAUCAGGCCUGCACAACUCAAACUAUAAGGCAGGCUGUAAUACUUUAUGAAAUACUUGUGCUGGCCGAAAGAUAAUAGGACAAAGGGGAGAGCUAAUAAGAAAAUAAUAUUAAUAAUAAAGAAUAUUUUGUUACUUCGCGGGCCGCAAAGUGGGUGCUGGCGGGCCGUAUGUUGUGGAAGCCUGCCUUAGAUAAUCAUAAUUAGCUAUUUGUAUCCUGGGUUCCUAUCUGAAUCACUAUUCUUGCUAUAAUACUUCCUAGACACGAAAUGAUUUGAUAUCCUCUAGUGAUGUUUCUCCUGGAUUUUAGGCACAUUGGUAUUAUCAGUGUUAACUCUUGUGACUAUUCAUUCUGUCAUACACUAUUCAAGGUAAUUAAUCUAAUUUGCUUCAUUUAGUUAAAUACCUGUUCGUUUUGCUUUUAUUUAAAUUUAAAAAAAAAACCUUUAACUAUUCCUAAUUCAUAAGUUACUUAGUUAUUCAGGAGCCUUCUUUAAAGAAAUUGGAAAUAUUACAUCGCCUUGUGAUUUUUAUGAUCUUUCAAAGGUUGUUGGCAAGGCAUCAGACAAGAAAGAAGAAGGGGAUUUAGAUGAAAAAUAUUUGAUAGCCACUUCUGAACAGCCCAUUGCUGCUUACCACCGUGAUGAGUGGAUUGCCACAGAAUCCCUCCCUAUCAGGUACAUGGGCUACUCAACAUGUUUCAGACAAGAGGCAGGUUCACAUGGCAGAGAUACAAGAGGCAUAUUCCGUGUUCAUCAGUUUGAGAAAGUAAGUGUUGAAUGCUGUUUGUCUGGUUGAACACUUUUUGCAGAGCUCUAAUUGAAAGCUCGGAAUAGUGUAAUCUUUUCUUUGUGUAAAUAAUUAACUUUGUCAUUGAGUUUGUCAAAAUUGUGUUGUAAAUUGAAUACAUUUUUUUGGUUGAUUUUUAAAAAAAAUGAUACAAAUUAAGAUAGGGUCAGCAACCAUUGAUGGAUAGUACCGGUAGUUUUUUUUUUCAAAAUUAAAAAUAUAUGUUUAAAGUUGUUUUCACUUAAUUGGAAUUUAUUUCUAUGUUAAAAUUUAAAAAAAAAAACAGAAAAAUAGGUUGAUCUGGCCUUGUAGUAAUGAUUUUUAAAUAUAUUUUUUUUUUCUAGGUGGAACAAUUCUGCAUAACCUCUCCUGAAGACAAUAAAUCAUGGGAGAUGUUUGAUGAAAUGAUCGGCAAUGCUGAAAAUUUCACCAAGGCCUUGGGAAUACCAUACAGAGUUGUGAACAUUGUUUCUGGUAUAUUUCUUUCUUUCUGAUUUAUUUCCUUGCCAUAGAAAACUUAAAUGAAUUAAUGUUGAUUCUGGUCAGUUAUAGAUUAACAAUUUAAAAAAUAUCCUUGAAUUUUAAUAAUUUUAAUUGACCGCUAAAGGCUUUGAUUGUGUCAUGGCUUUUAAACUUUUCUUCUCUUUCACUUGUCUGUACACACUUACAUUUUUUCUGUAACAUAUUUUAGAACAUUAUAGUUAAUUAUUUUUAUAGUUGUAAAAGAUAAUGAAAUGUAUAUACUAAGCAAAAGUUUGUUAAAACAUCCUACCUUAUUGCAUGUAGUGUAUAGUUACAUCUGCUCCAUUACAAUAUGGUUAUUUUGUUCCGUUCUAGGUGAACUCAACAAUGCUGCCUCCAAGAAGCUUGACCUAGAGGCCUGGUUCCCUGGAUCUGGAGCUUUUAGAGAACUUGUGUCAUGCUCAAAUUGUCUUGACUACCAGUCUAGGCGGCUCAGGAUUAGAUUUGGCCAGACAAAGAAGAUGGGACAAGAAGUGAGUACAUUGUAAUCGAAUUUUAGGAUGAUAAUUGUUCUAGGAAAGCAGUGUAAUCUCCUGAAUCCUUUUGAUACUUUCACACUCUUCUAAUUAUUUUUUUCAAUACUAUAAAGAGUUUAAUUGUAAUGUUUUGAAAUAGUCCUGACUUCCAGAUUAGGUCAUAUAAAGUCAUAUAUUUUCAUCCCUUUUUUUUAUUUUUGUGUCCCUUUAUCAUUUAUGUUUAGAACUGAUGAAGUUAACCAGGUUCAUAGUUGUAAUCUCCCUUGGCAUUAAUGAUUUCCAAUGCAUUAUAUUUUUGACCAUUUUAUUUGGUAUUAGCUGUUGCAUCACAGUUUGUUAUAUAUCUAUGCUGUGCCUUCUCAUACAGUUUUGAAUACUUAAUAAAAGUAAAAGUUUGGUUUCUUCUUCGUUAUGUUUUAACAUCCAAUGAGACCUCUCCGUUUAAACCCACAGACUAGCUUUGUUCACAUGCUCAAUGCCACCAUGUGUGCCACGACAAGAGUGAUAUGUGCCAUCUUGGAAAACAACCAGACAGAUGAUGGUAUUAUUGUUCCUGAAGCUUUGAGGAAGUUUAUGCCCCCUGGUUAGUAUUGCAGUCAAAAAAAUACUGUUGCAAAAAUGUUUAUGCAGUUGCAAACUAUUUCUGUUCUUUUGGUGAAGAAACUGGCUUCAGAGGAUGGCCAUGUGCUGUAUGCCAGUUUGAAAGUUUCUACAAAGUUUAUAUCUUUUUAUAUAACCUUACUAAUCUUAGGAGUUAUAAGUGAGUGGAAGUAUGCAUGAUAGGCCAUUAAGGGAUUAGUAUGAGGUUGUGUGUAUCCAAUCGGUGCUGAAUGGAUGGAUGAUAAAUCUCAAAUUGUAGUGAAGGGGUCUGAUAUUUUACAAUCUUUCACUAGUUGGGUGAAAACAUGUGGCAGGCAAGAUUUGGGCCAUAUGCUUAAAAUUUGAUCAACCUGCACAAUUGCUUCUUUCUAAAAUAACUUUUUUGUUUAAAAACAUGUAGACUCUAGCUACAAAGUUGUAACUGUCAAAUUUAAAUUAAUCUAAAGGCUGCUAGUAAUUGAUAUAUGGAAUGAAUCAAAUGUUUCUGUUAUAAAAAAUUACUUAUUUUUCACUGCAUAUUUCUAACACAAAUAAUUUGAAAUUGUGAAAUACAUAUUUACCACUUAAUUCAAUGAAGGUUUCUAUUUUGUAAUAUUUACAAAAAAUAUUCAUUUAACUUCCUGUGCUAUUUUUGUUGUGUUUCUUAUCUCCAGGUUAUGAUGAGAAGAUUCCCUUUGUCAAACCAGCACCCAUUGAUGAAAUUGAGGCGAAAAAGAAGAAGGGCAAAAAGGGCAACCAGCCCCCAGCAGAACCCACAGAGCCUUAAGUUUAUCUGAUAUUAAACAAAUUUAAAAAUCAUAUUUAUUUUGCAUUUGCUGAAAUGGAGAGUAAUUGGUUGCUGCAAUUUUGCUGGCUUGAACAAACAAGUUUUAGGUUAAUCAAUCAUGCUGUCCAUGUCAUGUUAUGAAAUGUAACUGCAUUAAAAUAAGUUAGUCUAGUUCUGUGGUUCUAAUGCAUCUUUACAACAUUUUUAAAACUAACCUGGUCUGAGGGGUCUUCAUUUUGUAAUGGCAAUUUUAAGAAUGUUUUGUUUUUUUAGCACAAUAUUAAACUGCUUAAUAAGUGAUUUGUAAUGUUUUUUCAUCAAUUAGUAGACAGAGUUUGGGAUAUUGACUUAUAAUUUGAUGCCUCUUUUAUUUUGUGAAAAUAACACCAUCUAUAAAAUUAAGUACUUACCACUAGAGGUAGACAAAAGUACAGGUUGCCACGACCCAAGCAAAAUUUUUGCCUACUGUCUAAUAAUAAAUAUUUUUAAACUUUGCCUACCCUUGCCCACUGAUGUUGAUGGGUUUAAUUGGAGGUUAUUUUAUUCCCUUGAUGUAAGUUUCCUUGUAAUGAUUUAACAGUAUUUUAUUGACUCAUAUAAAAAAAAUUAUUUCCAGCCCAACAAAACGUUUAGGAAUUUUAAGUGAACCCCACCAUAUUUUUAAACUUAAGGCCUGUUCAAGAUUGGAGAGUUUUUCAGUUUUUGGUUAACUAAAUAAAUCACACAUAUUUCGUGUAAUGGCAAUAAGGCAGGGGUUUUUGAGAUUCAGAAAUGUCUGGAAGUGUCUUUUGUUUUUUUAGAUCACAUCUUGUUUGUCCAAUGUUACCUUUAAUUAGUCAUUUUUUUUUCUUAUUCAUUUUUGUAUGAUGAAAAUGUUAACAUAUUAAAAUAUAUUGUAAAUUUUGACAAAUCAAUACCUUUAAGUGAUGUCUGAUUACGUCCCUUACAUUAACAGUGCCGUUAAUUCCAAGUUCUUUGAAAUAUUGCUUGUGGCUUCAGUUAUGGGACCAUAAAACAAUCCUGACUGUCAACUUACUAUUCAAUGAAUGCAAGGAAUAUAUUUCUUUAGCAAUACAUGGUACCAAAUUGUAGUUUACUUGUAAAAAAAAAGUAAUAAACAUUGUUGUUCCCCUUUGCUUUACAUGGUAAUUCCCCAAUUUAAAAUUAAAAUUCUCAUCUUUACUGGGAAUAUAAUGCUCAUUUUCAAGUUCAAAGUUAAACCCCCAAAAAAUGUUUUAUACAUUGUCUGAUAAUUCUGUUAUGAAUUACAAAAUCUAUUCUAUAAACUCUUAUAAGCGUUUGUACAAUCUUCAUUGUAUAAUGAUAGGUUUGUAAUCAUCCAAGUACUUAAGCCAUCACGCAAUUGAUCUUAGGAGUGACUUUGCACUGAGUUGUGAUGGUCUAUCAGAAUAUUGCGUCCCAUAAUGGUCGACAAAUGGUGUCCAGAAACUGCUAAAAUUUUAAAAUACAUUAUUAACUGUUCAAGUUUUUAAAACUUUUGUAAACUCAAACUGGUAAAAGGAUGUCACUUUAAGUCUUUAAUAACUAAAGUUAUCUGAGGAAUUUUAGGUUCAGUACAUGUCAUAUGAUUAAUAAUGGUUACAAGCAAUGUUCCCUUUAAGCUGCGCAGCAGUUUUGAGUACCGCAAAUUUCCAUGUCAGUGUGUGUUUGUGGGCUGAAAAUUUUGCACACAAAAAAAUUGAUGCGUAAAACUUUGCACACAACUGUAUGAUUUUGCACACGAACCAGCAAACCUUAGAGCGAACAUUGGUUACAAGCCACCAGUUUGACCUUUUCAACACAGGGAUGGCCUGGAUAUGUUUCUACCACUGUCUUUAAGUCACUAUUAAUACUAUUAUGAAAGUUCAUUUGUUGAUGAUACAGUAAAAAAUAAAUAAAGAUAAUUUUUUCCUGAAAUAUU